AUGGGCAUGAGGAUCAAACUGCAUAGCACUGACCAUCCAAAUAACUUGUUGAAGGAACUUAACAAAUCUCGAUUGACAGAGUCUAUGUGUGAUGUCACCAUUGUUGUGGGGAGCUGUUCCUUCCCUGCACACAAAGCAGUGCUGGCAUGUGCAGCAGGCUAUUUCCAGAAUCUUUUCCUGAAUACAGGAUUGGAUGCUGCCCGCACUUACGUAGUGGAUUUCAUUACUCCAGCCAACUUUGAAAAGAUUCUGAAUUUUGUUUAUACAUCGGAGCUCUUCACAGACCUUAUAAAUGUGGGUGUCAUUUAUGAGGUUGCUGAAAAAUUGGGCAUGGAUGAUUUGCUGAAGGCUUGCCAUUCUACCUUCCCAGACUUGGAAAACUCAGCUGUCACUAAACAGCCUUCUGCCUCAAAUGAAAGCCGGCCUUGUGGUGCUUUAGCUGAACCAAACCAUUCUCUAGGUGAAAGUCGAAGUAGCGGGGAACAACUGGGAUUAGAGCGGAAUUGCAAUAUGCAUGGUGAAGCAGCCACUGGCUACAAAGAAGAUCCUGCCAAUGAAGCUAGUCACAAUUUAACACAUCCACGGACUCCCAAAGUAGAAGAGCAAGAAGCAACAGGACCAUUUACUGGUGCCAUGAGUAUAAUGACCCAGGCUGGUCUCGGUAAUAUUAGCAUGGCUGUUCAAACCACUGUGAACUCUUGUCCACAGUAUAAGGUCCAGAGCAACGGGGAUUACAACAAAAGUAAUCUUUUUGCCUCCGAUGUCUCCUUAGAUAUAUCAACAAGUAGCAAUUCCUGUCCCAGCAAUAGUGACCAUUCCAAAGAUCAUGUUUUUGGGCCAGUGGAUGAAUUGCAGCUGGGAGACUUGGGGGAAGAAGAUCUGCACUUUGAAGAUCCCAGUGAAGAGCUAGGUGCUACGGAGGAAGUGAUAGAACUGAGCGAUGAUAGCGAGGAAGAGCUAUCCUUUGAGAACGACAGCUGGGAAAACAAGGCCAUGCCUUGCCAAGUGUGCAAAAAGGUUUUGGAGCCCAACAUUCAGUUGAUCCGUCAGCAUGCCAGGGAUCAUGUAGACCUUCUGACUGGCAAUUGCAAGGUUUGUGAGACUCAUUUUCAAGACAGGAACUCUAGAGUCACUCAUGUCCUGUCACACAUUGGGAUAUUCCUCUUUUCCUGUGAUAUGUGUGAGACUAAGUUUUUCACCCAGUGGCAGCUGAACCUUCAUCGCCGAGAGGGGGUGUUUGACAACAAUAUUAUUGUCCAUCCCAGUGACCCUCUGAUAGGGAAGGUCAAUUUGUUCAAUGGGGAUUUGGCAUGUGCUGCCUGUAGGAAACCACUGGCCAAAGAUUUUCAUGUGGUUCGUGGCCACAUCUUGGACCAUGUGAACAUCAAAAGCCAAAUAUGUGGUAUAUGUGAUCAGCAACAUCUCAAUCUCUGCAGCUUGAUGUGGCACACACUUUCCCACUUGGGAAUUUCUGUCUUUUCUUGCUCUAUCUGUGCCAGUAGUUUUGUGGAUAGACAUCUUUUGGAGAAACAUGUGGCUGUCCACCAAAGUAUGGAAGAAGCUCUCUUCCGGUGUCAUUACUGUGGUCAGGCUUUCAAACUUGAAGCUGCCUAUCGCUACCAUGUUAGUCAGCACAAGUGUAACUCUACCUUGGACCUGGUCCGGCCGAACUUUGGUGACCGUCUUCAUCAGCAAGCAUUGCAAAAACGGAAGCUGACAGAGAAGUUCCUAAAUGAGGAUGUGGCUCUCCAGAACCAACCUGGGAAUAGUAAAUAUAGCUGUAAGGUUUGUGGGAAAAGAUUUGCUCAUACCAGUGAAUUCAACUACCAUCGGCGGAUCCACACAGGGGAGAAGCCCUAUCAGUGCAAAGUGUGUCACAAGUUCUUCCGUGGACGUUCUACUAUAAAGUGUCAUCUGAAGACACAUUCUGGGGCCCUCAUGUACCGGUGCACCGUUUGUGGCCACUACAGUUCCACCCUUAACCUUAUGAGCAAGCAUAUAGGUGUGCACAAAGGGAGCCUCCCACCAGACUUUACCAUUGAGCAAACUUUCAUGUACAUCAUCCAUUCCAAAGAUGCAGAAAAAAACACAGAGAGCUGAUGCAGCUA